AUGGCAGGGCCGGAAUUCAAGUUCAUCAGCUGUAGUGAAUAUUCAAAUGGGCCUGAUAGUCCCCUUACCGGCUACGUUAUCCCCUGGGUGUUUGUAUCAAUAAUGAGAGCUUACAAAGAUCAGCAGUAUGUUGACGUCAAGGCUUAUAGCCUUGAUACGUGGUACAAGUGCACUUGGCAACAUCCGAACGACUUUAACAACUGGAAGCCUUUCUGCACCGGUUGUGAGCCUACUAAUUCGAUUGGCAAGCCAUAA